AUGUUACUGAGCGGAGCUCCUCCGGCGGGCUCCGGCCCGGGGCAGCGGGCGCAGGGGAGCGCGGGGAGCGGCCCGGGGGGGUCGCGCCGGGGCGCCGGGGGAGCGGGAGCCGGCCCAGGCGGGGGCGGCAGCGGCGGGGUCGCCAAGUGGCUCCGGGAGCAUCUGGGCUUCCGCGGGGGGGGCGGCGGCGGAGGUGGGGGCAAGCCGGCGCCCCCCGAGCCGGACUACCGUCCCCCCGCACCCUCCCCGGCCGCGCCCCCUGCACCACCCCCGGACAUCCUGGCCGCCUACCGGCUGCAGAGGGAGCGCGACUUCGAAGACCCCUACUCUGGGGGGCCGUCCAGCUCCGCUGCUGCCCCGGCCACCCCCACCGCCCCCGGCCCCACGCCGCCCCCGCGCCACGGCUCGCCUCCCCACCGCCUUAUACGGGUUGAGACCCCUGGCCCUCCAGCGCCCCCUCCCGAGGAGCGGAUCUCUGGACCCCCGGCCGGCAGCGACAGGUUGGCAAUCCUUGAAGACUAUGCGGACCCGUUUGAUGUUCAGGAGACUGGUGAAGGCCCAGCAGGAGCUUCAGGAGCCCCCGAGAAGGUGCCUGAAAAUGACGGCUACAUGGAGCCCUAUGAAGCCCAAAAGAUGAUGGCUGAGAUCCGGAGCUCCAAGGAGACAGCAGCUCAGCCCCUGCCUCUGUAUGACACGCCCUAUGAGCCAGAGGAGGAGGGGACCACCCCAGAGGGUGAAGGGACCCCUUGGCCUCGGGAGUCCCGGCUGCCAGAGGAUGAUGAGAGGCCCCCCGAGGAGUAUGACCAGCCCUGGGAGUGGAAGAAGGAGCGGAUUUCCAAAGCCUUUGCAGUUGACAUUAAGGUCAUCAAAGACCUACCUUGGCCUCCACCGGUGGGACAGCUGGACAGCAGCCCCUCCCUGCCUGAUGGGGACAGGGACAUCUCCGGUCCAGCCUCACCCCUCCCUGAGCCCAGCCUGGAGGACAGCAGCGCCCAGUUUGAAGGAUCUGAGAAGAGCUGCCUGUCACCUGGCCGGGAGGAGAAGGGGCGGCUACCUCCCCGACUCUCUGCAGGGAACCCCAAGUCAGCCAAGCCCCUAGGCAUGGAGCCCAGCAGCCCCUUGGGGGAGUGGACAGACCCAGCACUGCCUCUGGAAAACCAGGUCUGGUACCACGGGGCCAUCAGUCGAACAGAUGCCGAGAACCUGCUCCGGCUGUGCAAAGAGGCCAGCUACCUGGUGCGCAACAGUGAGACCAGCAAGAAUGAUUUCUCCCUGUCCCUCAAGAGCAGUCAGGGCUUCAUGCACAUGAAGCUGUCCCGGACCAAGGAACACAAGUACGUGCUGGGCCAGAACAGCCCCCCCUUCAGCAGCGUCCCUGAAAUCGUGCACCACUACGCCAGCCGCAAGCUGCCCAUCAAGGGGGCCGAGCACAUGUCCCUGCUCUACCCUGUGGCCAUUCGGACUCUGUAGAUGUGAGGCCCGGGCGCCGUGACGAAUCCUGGACCCGGCCCUGUGCCCACCCCUGGCCGGGGGCUGUGGCCCUUCCCAGGGACUCGUUGUGUCAAACCUUUCUUCCCCUCUCCCGAGAGAUCGAGCGGAAGCUGGA